AUGUCACAUUUUCUUUUUUCCCUGCAGGAGGGUGGGGUCGUAGCUCUCUUUAAGAUCUGCCGCCAGGACAGUUUCCGAUGCUUGUACCCCCAGGCGCUGCGCACGCUGGCCUCCAUCUGCUGCGUGGAAGAGGGUGUCCACCAGCUGGAGAAGGUGGAUGGUGUUCUGUGCUUGGCCGACAUCCUGACCGAUGACAGCCACUCAGAGGCCACGAGGGCUGAGGCUGCGGCUGUGGUCGCCCAGGUCACCUCCCCACACCUGCCCUUUACUCAGCAUCUUGGCAGCUUUCUGGAGAGCAUGGAAGAAAUUGUGACAGCUCUCAUCAAACUGUGCCAAGAGGCCUCGUCUGGGGAAGUCUUCCUGCUGGCUUCUGUGGCCCUUGCCAACAUCACCUUCUUUGACACGAUGGCCUGCGAGAUGCUUCUACAGCUGAAUGCUAUCCGUGUCCUCCUGGAAGCUUGCAGCGACAAGCAGAGAGUGGAUACGCCUUAUACCCGGGAUCAGCCUCAGGACAGCUUCACCUUCUGCCCACCUACUGCCGUGACUCAGAGCAACCACUUAGCUGGUGAAAGCGCACCCAUUAAAGAAACAAAUGGCUCUUUGCUGUGGCAGGGGGAGGAUUAA